AUGUCCGAGGAAGCCAUUUUCGUGGCCAUUGGCAUUGCCUGUGUGGUGGCUGUCCUCCUGUUCAUCGUUUUCACCAUCUACUGCACGAGGCAGAGGAGAGCCCGGGAGGAAAGACAUAGGAGGCAUUUGAUGAGAGCCAAUAUAGUUCAACCCCCACCUUACGAUUCAAACCGACGAAAUGUGAUCCCUAUAAAUCGAGCCGUAAUACCUUUUAGCCCGCCACCGGAAUACAAGGAGCUGGCAACGCCACUGGCAACGCACAGGAACCCGACACGUUAUGGAGAAACAAACUAUGUCUCACCCAACGGUAAUUCUGUUACCACCGGCAACAGCAGAACAGACAACAUUAAUCACAACAAUCGCAAUUACAUUAACAGAAACACAAUCACAACAACAAGAAAUGGCCAUGUCAGUAGCAUUACCCACAUUCAGCCACAAAAUGUUGCUACAGAUGGCCGGGAUCUGAUGUCGCGAUCUUCCAGUAGUUAUUCUGAUAAUAGUCAGUAUUCUUACAAAAGAAACAGGCAAGUGAGUUCUGUUAAUGAGAGACAGAGACAUGCUCACACAGUGAUCACACAGGAACUCAGUGCAGCCGCACUCAUGCGACAGCAGAAUGCUAACAUAAGCCUGUCAGUAAACACAGUCAGUUCAGCAAAACCAGGCGACAAUCGUGUACAUAAAUCUUACAGUCGUAACACUGCAAACAGUUUCAGCAACUCCACAAAUAACCACAACUAUAACGGUUUACUGAGUGCUGGAAGAAACCCACACCAAACAGAAAGAAAUACUGCCAGUGAAGUCCAAGCGGACAGAAGUAACAGUUCGCGGUAUGUACCCUCUAGGAUUACACCGACUGCACAGACUCCAAGAAACUUCCGUGAUGUGAAUUUUGUUACAAUUACUCCGGUGCACAACUCAAACAGAGGGUUGCCCACUAGAGAUGGCGCAACAAGGCAAAAUACAGACUAUGUCAGUAAAAGUGACCGGAUUUCGGGAUUGAAAGAACUCUCUCUAAUUUAA